UCACCACCCUCCUCCCCAGUACCAGCCCAGCCACACGCCAUCAUGUGCCAAACCAGCUGCUCCCCAGGCUGCCAGCCAACCUGCUGCAUACCCAGCCCCUGCCAGGCAUCCUGCUACGUGCCGGUGAGCUGCCAGUCCCCCGUGUGCGUGCCCGUGAGCUGCACACGCAUUGUGUGUGUGGCCCCCUCCUGCCAGCCCUCUGUGUGUGUGCCUGUGAGCUGCAGGCCCAUCAUAUAUGUGACUCCCUCCUGCCAAUCUUCUGGGUGCUGCCAGCCCCCCUGCACCACCGUCCUCUGCAGACCCAUCUCCUACAGCGCCCCUUCCUGCUGCUGACCAGCUGCUCCUGGUAUACAGGGGUACGCACCUGUAUCCCUCCAUGAACUAGCAUCUGGUGGACC